AUGCUUGUUGCUGCUGCUGCCGCUAUGGGAGCCUCAGUGAGGCCUCCUAUUGAGCUGCAGCAGCUGCCGCUGCAGCUGCUGCGGCAGCUGCUGCAGGUGCUCCAGCACGAGUGUGGGGUGAGUUGGGGGUGGCCACCUGCUGCCGCCGCCGCACAGCAGCAGCAGCAACAGCAGCAGCAGCAGCAGCAGCGGCGACGGCAUCAACAGCAGCAGCUGCAUGAACAGAUAAACGGAACAGGCCAUAACGGACCCGUUAUAUUGAACAGAAGCCUCUGCGCAGCAGCAGCAGCACCGCCGACACGGCAGCAGCAGCAUCAGCAGCAACAACACAAACGGCGCAGCAGCACUGGCAACCCGACGCAGCAGCAGCAGCAGCAGCAACCAGAGGCAGCAGCAGCAGUAACAUCAGAGAAUGGCGACCUCAGCUGA